UCUGUAGUGGAAGGCGGCAAACACCGGCCGGCAAACUACCGGCAAGUGCUACAGGGUUAUGUCGGAAGCUGUAUGAUACACAAGCGACGGUACUGUGACGGCUGAGAAAACUUGUGAAACGUCAUCUGUAGACUGUUCUCUUUUUCUUGAUAUGAGCUUCCAGCGUGCCAUGAUGACGGGUGAAGCCAAAGGGACGUUGUUUACUAUCGACGGCAGCGUUAUGGAAGGCGGAGGACAAAUACUGCGGAUGGCCAUAGCGUUCAGUGCGCUGUUCCGGAAGCCAGUGCGGGUAAUCAAUAUUCGAGCUGGAAGGAGCAACCCAGGGCUGAGAUCUUCUUGUUUGUUGGUGUUUGAUUACAGGCCACAGCACUUAACAGGCAUCAACUUGGUGAGGGACAUCUGUGGCGGCCAUCUGGAGAAUGCCUUUAUUGGGUCGACAGAAGUUGUGUUGUACCCUGGCCCCAUAAGAGGCGGGGAGUUUUCUGCUGACACUGGAACAGCUGGGAGCAUAGUGUUGCUCCUUCAGGCUGCUCUGCCAUGCCUGCUGUUUGCAGAUGCACCAUCUGUGCUACGCCUUCGAGGUGGAACCAAUGCAGAGAUGGCCCCCCAGAUUGACUACACGCUGUCGGUGUUCCUGCCCAUAGCAAAAAAAUUUGGAGCUUCAUGUGACAUCAGGGUUCUUAAAAGGGGCUACUACCCCAAGGGAGGGGGCCUAGUGGAGGUCUGCGCACAGCCUGCAGGAUCCCUAAGGCCACUUGUCCUGACCGAUCCUGGUUAUGUGGCCAAAGUGACAGGCAGAUCCUUUGUAGCUGGUGUUCUCCCUAUCAAGGUGGCCCAUGUGAUGGCUGACAGUGCUGUGAACAUCCUGAGGGAGCAGUUGCCAACCUCUGUCUCUGUCUCAGUGGAGCGACUCAAGGAAUCCGAGGCAAAUGCAUUUGGCACAGGAAGUGGCAUUGUUUUGUUUGCCGAGUCCUCGACUGGGAUGAAGGUGGCUGGCAGUGCAUUGGGAAAACGAGGUGUGACGGCAGAAGCUGUUGGUCAAGCAGCAGCUAAAGAGCUUUGUCAAGAACUCGAAAACAGUGUUUGCGUUGAUAAACACCUCCAGGAUCAGAUUAUUGUGUUAAUGGCACUCGCAAAUGGAAUAUCGCAAGUUCUUUGUGGGCCUCUAACAUUGCACACUGAAACUGCAAUCUAUGUUGCCCAUCAAUUAACAGAGGCCAAGUUUAAUUCUUCCCCUCAAGAGGGCGGCAUUGUACUCCUUGAGUGUGUUGGAGCUGGCUGCCAUAUACCAAAACCGUAGUGAUGCCUGCCAUUUUAUGACAACUUCAACAAAGUUGGCAUUGGUGUCACUUGAGGAUCCUUGUGCAAGAAUAAUAUUGGAAGUAAAUCUUAUUUGGCAUUG